GUAAUGAAAAAAGUCUAUUUAACAGAAGUACAAAAACCUCGUAACCUUCUUGAUUCUGCCCUUAAACCCCUUGAUUACAAGUAGCUGAUAAUAAAGCACUCAUGAAAUAGAGAUGGGUCUUACAAAUUUGAGGUUUUUGCCCCCAUUGCCAAUACUUAAAGAAGCAUUUUCUGGAACCUUGUUGCUGACCAAGUUCUUCUGUUGCCUCCAUGUCACCAAUCAACACCUAUGCACAUUUGCUUUGGCUCAGGGGCCUAGCAUGCUGCCGACAUUGAAUCUUACAGGAAGUUUAGUCCUGGCUGAGAGGUUGUCGACAAGAUUUGAGAAAGUGGGCAAAGAUGAUGUAGUCAUGAUUAGGAGCCCUGAAGAUCCCAGAAAGGUUGUGGUCAAGAGAAUUGUUGGUGUUGAAGGUGAUGCUGUAAGACAUCGAGUCUCCAGGACGAGUGAUAAUGAAGAAGCUACUGUUAUUGUACCAAAGGGGCACAUUUGGGUAGAAGGAGAUAACAAACAUAAUUCUAGAGACUCAAGGCACUUUGGAGCUGUUCCUUAUGGACUCUUAGAGGGGAGAGUUUUCUGGGUGGUAAGUUGAUUUCAGUGUUGUCUUCUUAACUUGAAAAAUGGAUGAUACUGUUCUGUGAAAUUUUUCUUUGGUGUAAAUUGCUUUCUGAAGCUAUUAAUGGGGACCAAAAGAUUAGUAUCGUUUAGGUUAUAGUUGAGGAUGUAUGUGAUGGCUAUUAAUUGGGGCCAAAAGAUUAGUAUCAGUAAGGUUCAAAUUCUCAAAUUGUCGAUUGACAAUAGGGAUAAUAAUGUUCUUGUUUGAUUAGUUCUCCUAUAUCCUGCUUUCAAGGAAGUUAUUGCAGAUUCCAGAGGCUCUAAUCUCCUUUUGAUGUCAAUUGAACUGAAUGGAGAAACAGAUUUUUUUUCCUACAAAUUGUGAACUAUUGGAAUUGUGUUUCUUUGGUUUUCGCCUUAAUUUGUGUACUCUUAGGCAGCUUUGUAAUUAAUCUCCAAUCCUUAAGAUAUUAUUGAUACCCUCACCCAAUCUUAUUGGUAUAUCUUCAAAGGUUCUGUUCUGUCAAUUUUUAACAGACAAUGAGGAAAAUUUAGCUGUAAAACAUUGGAUGUAAGUGAGACAAAUUCAAUUAUCUUAGCAUCGAAACCAAGUUUUGGUCCUUACUAAACAUGAUAAUGGUAAAUGCAUAUUGGACAAAACACAUUUGAGGGUUCAUAAACUUCGGCCUUCUUCAUCUUAUAAGAGAAGCUCAAGGCUUUGAGUAAUAGAUGGAUAAUUGAACGUUACAAUUCACUUUGUACCUUGAGUUCGUGCAGAAUGAAUGGUUUCUGAUAAGUUCCAUCUUAGUUGACUUAAACUUAUCUCCACCUGGCGUAUCAAACUUUGGCCUAAGUUAUCUCUUACUGCUGUCCAACUUCACUUUAUGGUCUGUUUUUGGCUGAAAACUUACAUGGAAAAAUGUUCAUUUCUUUGCCGUGAUCCACAGACAUUAUUCAUAGCAGUAGUGAAGAUCAAUUUUCCUUUUAAAGGAACCUUGACUUUAGCAAAAGAGAUAUCAAAUAUUUAAAGUCGGAGAAUCCUUAUUUUUUUCAUCAUCAUCUUUACAAGUUGGAGUGAAUGAAAAAGUUGAAUAUUGCACACGCUAUCUUAUGUGUUCUGUUUUUGGCAUCCGUCGAAUUAAGUACAUGAUAACCAAUUGUGGGAGGUAUACUUGAAUUUGUGCUUUCCUGGUACAUAAGUUAACUUCUAGAGCUUCAGACCAAAACACUAUGUUAUCCACAGUUUUAUAGAAGUCAUCCUAUGUUUUAUGUCAGAAAAAGUAUGUAGAUCAAUUUUCUGGGAACAUUUGCAGUUUCUAAGUUUGUAACAUGUUUUUGUCUUUGGUUUUGUAGGUUUGGCCCCGCGAAGAUUUUGGAUUAAUAGGUAAACGAGUGCAUUAAUUGAAUCUUGGGAAGGUACACAUUUGGAGCUUUUCUUGUUCAGACCAUGCUGCAGGAUCAAGUGAUUCAGCACAAGCAUGCAUAGAGUGGGACGUACAUUUCUGAGGCACUUUGUGAACAGGACAUAAAAAUACCAACUAGGGCUGUCUAUCUAUUUUGUGUUUUGUGCUUUUGUGAACAGGCAUUGAGUAUAUCAAGUGGCUCAACUCUUCAAUGUCCUUGUUCCUCUUUUGAAGAUGGAGAGACCAGAAUUCCCUUGAUAUUCUGUAGAUCCAUGCAAGCAUACAGGAAAUGUGGUCUGGAAACUUUUCAUUUUUGUUACAAUUAAGUGAAGUUAGAAUCUGGAUAUGAUUAUGCCAGUUUCCAGUUUUAAUGCAUCAUAUUUGAUCCGAACUCCACAACUAAGGCCCCAUAUUUCAGUGAGAAGGAUACUACAAUGAGUGACCCCUAAGAGAAACUUUUCUAGUCCGGAUUUGAAUUUCAUUUUUGCACCUAACAUAAACUUUUUUUAGUUAACAUAACUGUUAAUAACCCAAGGAGUCCCGCUCUGCAAUGGUUAUGUAACAGCCAGGGCUUUUUCUAAAAGAGUUUCCUCAG